AUGGUGGAGAUUAUAGGAUCGCCGGCGGAACACGGCUACUAUAUGCCGGCGGAAUGGGAGCCUCAUGCUCAGACUUGGAUCGGUUGGCCUGAACGGCAGGACAACUGGCGGCACAAGGCUUUUCCUGCACAAAGAGUGUUUGCAGAUGUUGCGAAGGCUAUCUCCAAGUUCGAGCCUGUGACAGUCUGUGCCAGCUCAGCUCAGUGGGAAAAUGCAAGGAAACAGCUUCCAGAGGAUAUCAGAGUUGUUGAGAUGAGCAUGAAUGAUUCUUGGUUCCGUGACUCUGGUCCAACUGUGAGCUUUGUA